AUUUUCAUUCUCUCUGUAUCCUUCCUCUCUAUAUUGUAUCCCAUCUCGUGUACUUACCAGACACAUUGUAACUUUGAUCGAUUUUCUUUUUCGAUCUAUAUACCAGUCGUUCAAAAGGAAGUGAGUAAAUUGUACAGGACCUAUAGACCCUCGCAUGGAUUGCCCUCUGCUUGUAUGGAUGCUUUCGUUGAACAGAGAUAUCACAAAAGAGGAAUACGAUAAAUGCUUUGAACUUGUACGAGAAUGUGCACCUCACACCCGAAUACCAUAUGCUCCAACUUCCAUGGAUUCAUUUCGACAAGUUAUCAACCAAAUGCUUCCCUUACUUAUGAUGAGACAUCGACGAAUAUCUAGGACGAAAUGGAAGGACUGUGAAACGCCGACCGGCAAACAUUGGAUAGAGCAGUCCCCUGACGACAUGCCGCCAGAGAAAUUUCUCCAGUCUAUGAUAGGAUAUCAUCUUGCUUAUGAGAACUCACUAUGUGGCAUGGUAAUGACCCAAGGACGACAACGACAAGUUAUCAAUAUCGGUCUAGGUAUCAAACAAAUAGCGGUAGAACCCGCUGGAGCAACUGUGGCGGCGUAUGCAGAGUCCUUUGCUCACAAACUAACGCCUUUAGAAAUGACGUUUAUAUCACCAGAGCAAGGCGAAGAUGUCGUUCUCCGACGUCUCUGCAUUCUCUUGGCCUUAAAAGCCGCAUACAUUAAAGCCGUCGGCCAACCAAUAGGUUUCGAUUGGUCUCGCCUUGAAUUUAAUAUUCCAAAUGAAUCAGCUCGCGGAGAUGACCAUCCCCUACAAGGAUGGGAAUUUCGUGUCUUCAAAGCUCAACUAGGCGUCGUACGCAGAGGUAUUCUUGUCGAAGAGUCAUAUCAGUGCGCGUGCGCCUUUUUCCGUGGAAGCAAAGAGUCGAAAUUUAUCUGGCAUGAUAACACAAAAGAUUUGGAGGCUUGGGUGCAGUUUAUCAACAUCGAUCAAAUGGUCAAAGUCAUACCAAAAUUGACUGCAUAGCGUUGUCCAGUUAUCAUUGUUUGGAUGUUAUUUUUUGUACCAAUCUUGUUCCAGUAUUUUGUUGUCGAUCUGCUCGUUAUCAAUUUUGCGUUCUGUCAUUGACUUUUUCUUUUCUUGAUUGUGCGAUAUCCCACUCUUCCUUUUAAUCUACAAUCGUAUGUUUAGCUAUGACACCUUACUCCGUACCUAUGUGACCUCGAUGGAUCGGGCCUGGAGCUGUAUGACUGUAAAUGUUAAAAACCUUGAUGUUAGGAUGCUCACUAGCCUCUUCGGAUGUGUGUCAAAAGCAAACGAUGGGAUGGGAAAUGCAUGUACUGU